ACAUGCGGUAAUGAUAAAAAAGGAGUGUAAAGCCUAGUUUUAAUUAUAGGUUCAUGUUUUACCAGUACGGCAUACCCUCACUAUUUAUUUUGCCGGGUUACCGUACAGGCUUACUUUCACCCCUGCUACACGUACAAUAAUACGUGUGUAUGCUUGUGCCGUCUCUGUGUAGAACAUGGCAGACUCGUUCCUGGAUGGAGAGCUGCCUCUCGACUGCUUUAUCGACGACUACCAGCGGAGGCGCCAUCUCGCUCACCUGCGCCGCGUCAAGAUUGACAAACUCAGAGAGCUGGCGCUGAAGGGUCUCACUCGGCCCCCCCAGAUUCCCUCCCAGCCCAGCCGACCCCAGGACCUCCCCUCUACCAAUGGGGCCCCCUCCCCCCAAUCCACGCGAGCUGCCCCUUCUCCCUCCCCUCAGCACAGCGGCCUACCCUAUCCAGUCGCCCCCUAUCCCCCAAUGCCUUUCCCCAGCUGCCCUUACAUGCCCCAGCCCUACCUUCAAACCCCCCAGCAACACCUCAUCUCCCCCUCUCCACACCUGCCCCCCAGGACUGGCUUCAUCAUGCAGUGAGGCGGUGUCCAUCUCCAUAGAAACGCCACGGAUGACCUUCCCUACCUUUUGACCUGUGACUGUGGCACACUGGAGGGUUGGUGACCUAACCAAUUACAGCCCCUCUGUCAGUAACACUGAGGGAAACCUCCUCUGACCAGCUUCUCAGAGGCUCUCACAGACGGACUCUGUCCAGUGACUACAGCCUGGACGGUACAUUAGGGGUUGGUUCUCUUUUAGUGUUUUUAUUCCAAGACUAACUUUCUGAUUUAAUCUUCCGAACACACAGCUAAACCUAACCAUCUGUCUGGUAGAUAUGCUGUGUAUAUCAGCUAUGGUAACUUGCAGUAUAGAUGAGUUUUUGUAAGCUAAAGGUCCCUCUCCUUGACUGAAGGGUGUGUGUGGGUUACAUGCAUGCGCACAGAGGUUGGUAUAACAUAGUUAGCUCAAAAGUUCCUAUGCUUCUAAAAGGUGUCCUGUAUGGUCAAAUAGAGCUGGUCCAUCAACAAUGAACAGAAUUAUACAUUUAUUUAAAUUCAAAAUGUACUGAAUGGCAGCAUAACUAAUUGAUGAGUCUUGCUUUCAAAAUUCUUUGCUGGUUGAGUUCAGGUGCAAAAAGGUCUUAGACAAGCCUAGGAAUGUACUGUGUUCUUUUGAGAUAGAUUCAUAUCCACCCCAAAUGUGUGGUUUUGUAUACUGGUAUAAGAAGGAGCUUUCCCAACUGGAAUUGAUGUUGGUCCAGGGUAGGGAGUGUUUGUAUGCCUAAGUAAUUGUUUCCCUGAUGGGCUGUGUGCUUGCCAGCCAGGCUACAAUCAGUGAUUGAUCCUAUUCAAUUAUUUUAAUAACUUAUUCUAUGCACUACACCCACUAGUGGGGAAGAGAUUACACCUAGCUGUAUCUCUAGUGGGUUCUCCCCGGUUGCACUUACAGAACAGCUCACCUCAAGUAAAGAAAGCAUAUGGGGGUUCAAAUAUGAAAUGUGUAGAAAUAUUUAAAGGCCCCCCCAGUAUGACACCUGUUUUAUACUCCAUUAGGAACUAACUAAUGCUAGACUAGCAGACUGGUUGACUUGCUCACUUUCCAUAAU